CGCGGAGGAUGCCGGGAGGAGCCCGCCGUGAGGGCGGCGGGCCCGGCGCCAUGGUGGAGAAGGACGAGGUCGGCGGCAUCAGCGAGGAGGAGGCGGCUCAGUAUGACCGGCAGAUCCGCCUCUGGGGGCUGGAGGCGCAGAAACGGUUGCGGGCCUCCCGGGUGCUCCUUGUUGGCAUGAAAGGACUUGGGGCCGAAGUGGCCAAGAAUCUCAUCUUGGCAGGUGUUAAAGGGCUGACCAUGUUGGAUCAUCAGCAGGUGACACCGGAAGACACUGGAGCACAAUUCUUGAUUCCCACCGGGUCCUCUGGUCGCAACCGGGCGGAAGCCUCUCUGGAACGAGCUCAGAACCUCAACCCCAUGGUGGAUGUGAAGGUGGACACCGAUCUCCUUGAAAAUAAGCCCGAAACCUUCUUCACCCAGUUCGACGCGGUCUGUCUGACGUGCUGCUCCAGGGAUGUCCUGAUUAAGAUUGACCAGAUCUGCCACAAAAAUAGCAUCAAGUUCUUUGCCGGAGAUGUGUUUGGCUACCACGGUUACAUGUUCGCCAAUCUUGGAGAGCACGAAUUUGUGGAGGAGAAAACCAAAGUCACCAAAGCUGGCCAAGGUGUGGAAGAUGGACCGGACACCAAAAAGGCCAAGAUCGAUUCGACUGAGACAACAAUGGUAAAAAGGAAAGUGGUCUUCUGCCCGUUAAAGGAGGCUCUGGAGGUGGAUUGGAGCAGUGACAAGGCAAAAAGCCUGCUGAAGAGGACCGCUUCCGAUUAUUUUCUGCUUCAAGUGCUCCUGAAAUUCCGUACGGAUAAGGGGAGAGACCCCCAGUCGGACACCUCCGGGGAGGAUUCGGAGCUGUUGCUCCAGAUCCGGAACGAUUUGCUCGAGUCCCUCGGAGUCAGCCCGGAUGUGCUCCCUGAUGACUUUCCCAGCUGCUGCCUCUCUGAAAUGGCUCCAGUGUGCGCCGUUGUUGGCGGAGUGUUGGGUCAGGAAGUCGUCAAGGCCCUGUCUCAGAGGGACCCACCGCACACCAACUUCUUCUUUUUCGACGGCAUCCGGGGCAGCGGAGUCGUCGAAUGCCUGGGUCCAAAGUGACCCCAGGGCCGGGAGCGCUACAGCGGGGAGACUCAGGGGUCAGAUUCCCCUCCCUCUCCUAGGAUUCGGGAGAAGAGGAAGAUGUGUCAGUGGAGACCUGCUUCCCAGUCUCAUCCUGUCGUCCUCCCCAAACACCUACCCACACACACAUAUAUUCUCUCUCUCUCCCUCUCUCUUUCUCUCUCCGUCUCUCUCUCUCCCCCCUUCCCCCCCGCCUUCUCUCUCUCUCUCACCCACUCCCACCACUGCACCUUGCAGGCCUUCCAGAAUGUGGGUCCAGAGGCCUUGAGGGUUUUAGCCUGGGCACAGUUUCUGACUGUUUUGUUGUUAUCAAGCCCCCAAACCCUUCCCAACUCCCCCAAAGUGCAGCUCACCACAAAGAAUCCAUCGAGUUCCCCUGCCUCAUCUGUUGCCUGCUUCGUCCCCACUAUGGUGAAGGACAGGAGUGCCCCUGCCAGGUAGUGGAUGAGGGGCCGGAAGAAGCACUGUGGAAGGAAAAUUGCCUUUUCGAGCAGCAGUUGGUUUUAGAAUCCGGACCGUUGGCACGGGGUACCGUCAGGAGAGUCCAGAUUACCUAGGAUUUCCUGCCUUGGGCCUGGGGAGCCAGCGCUCAGGUCGUCUUGUCCAGACAGGAGGAACCCGGAGACUGAGGCUGCGACCCAGUUAUCUGGAGCCUCAUGAAGAGCCUGGUGGAGGAGGACGACGCUCCUGCUGUGGGCCCUGCAGCCCAGGCACUGUUACUGGCAUGGUUGUCUACGGAGUUGUUGUGCCCGCUGGCCUCUCGUGUCCGAGAAUGGCAGCUGUCAGGUUCCUGUUUGUUCUCCAUGAACCUGGGUCCCUUAAGGAAUAAAAGUGAAGUUGUUUUUUCUGA